ACUUGCAAAUGCAAGGAAGCACUCAGAAACCACCCUCUGAAACGCCCACAUAUUUACUUGUGAAUAUAACUUGGCCAUGUUUCAAUUUUUGUGAAAAGCCUCCCCUUAGCUCCAAGGAGCCCAGCCAGCGAAACAGGUCAGAACUGCUGCCUAAUUCCCAGCAACCAUGAGUGAGAAUAUUGAGGACCAGCAAGUGAAGGAUUGCCUGGUUCAGCUGAAAUGUCACUUUACAUGGGACCUGGUAAUUGAUGACACUGAAAUAUCUGAUUUAGAAGUCAGGGCCUUGGAACACAUUGAGAAUCUAGACAAGAACAAAGUGGGAAUGUACAACCUCCAGGCCUACGUGGAACACCUGAAAGGCCAGAAUGACAAAGCUCUGCAGAGCCUGAAAGAUGCUGAAAGCUUGAUCCAGAAAGAACCCACAGACCAGUCAGACAUGAGAAGCCUGGUGACCUGGGGCAACCGUGCCUGGGUGUACUACCACAUGGGGAGGUUGGCAGAUGCCAAGAUGUACCUGGACAAGGUGGAGAACAUUUGCAAGAAAUUUUCAAGUCCCUUCUGCUAUCAGAUAGAAUGCCCUGAGCUGGACUGUGAGGAGGGAUGGGCCUUGCUGAAGUGCGGAGGACAGAAUUAUAAGCGGGCUCAGGCCUGCUUUGAAAAGGCUCUGAAAGCAGAGCCCGAAAACCCUGAAUUUAAUGCUGGAUAUGCUAUUGUCACCUUUCGCCAAGAUUGUGAUCAUAGUAACGUAGUUUCCCUAGAACCCCUGAGGAAGGCCUUGAAACUAAAUCCAGAACAUGGAUAUAUCAAGGUUCUCCUGGCACUGAAGCUUCAAGACAUAGGAGAGGAAGAUGAAGGAGAAAAGUAUGUUGAAGAAGCUCUUAACAACAGGUCCUUCCAGACCUAUGUCUUUCGCUAUGCAGCCAAGUUUUACAGACUAAAAGGCUGUGUGGAUAAAGCUCUUCAACUCUAUGCACGGGCCUUGGAGGCAACACCCAAUUCUGCCUACCUGCAUCACCAGAUUGGGCUUUGCUACAAGGCAAAAAUGUUCAAAAUAAAGGGGGCUAGAAAUAUGCAGGAUAGAGAAAUUAUUGACAAAUUGGCUAAACUGGCUAUAAGUGAGUUUCAAAUAACUGUGACUGACAGGCCCACAUUUCAGAUAGCUUACCUUAACAUGGCUGAUGUGUAUGCAAACAUGGGUCAGUAUGAAAAGGCAGAGGAAAAUUUUCAGAAAGCGUUAGGCAUGAAGAAUGUUGCUGAUCACUUAAAACAAGAGAGUAAUUUCCGCUAUGGGCGUUUCCUAGAAUUUCACAGGAAAUCUGAAGAUAAGGCAAUCACCCAUUAUUUAAAAGGUCUCAAAAUAGAAGUACCAUCCUUUGCCAGGGAUAAACUUCUAAAUGCUUUGGAGAAAUUGGCUAACAGACGAAUUCAGAAGAAUGUUCGUAUUGUGGAAAGCUUUAGCCUCCUCGGGCUGGUCCACAAAUUGAAAGGGGAAGUAAAUGAUGCCCUGUUGUACUAUGAGAAGGCUCUGAGGCUCACAGAACACCUGAAUCCUAUGUUUUAAAAGAUAACUCACCAGUACCAAUGUCACAUGUUCGCUACUAAGUAUAACAAUAUCUUGUAGUUUCUGCCUCAAAAAAUGUUUAAUGCAGUGAAUACAAAGUAGUUGAAUGCAACAUAUCCUCUGCUGCCUGCCCAGGCCCGCCGCCUUUACUUUUUGUUAUGUGUCUUAUGACAGGAGCAUCACCUUUCCACCACACGCUCCUGCACUUGUUGGCCAUGGGUGGUUCCUGCGGCUUUGCACACCUGUCAGCAACUAGUACAGCAAGAAUAAUUUCCUUAUGAAUAUACAUUUGAAGUGAAUAGUUUCCUUCCUUAGUCUCUCGGUGUACAGGACAGAGGACACUUCCAAAAGGAAAUUGUCUUUGUCAUGUGUCCAAAGCUUUGACUUGCAGAAAGAUUUAAGAAUCUAAAAUAAAUGAGGGAAAGUAAGAGUUGGAAAGUAAAAAGGAAUUCAGGAGUUCCCUGCAGCAUUCCAGCCCACAAACCAAAUUCCCCAGUUACUACUGUCGCCAAGCUGUGGUCACUGAGCUUAGGCUACAACCUUAUAAUGAAGCAAUCUUCUUUACGUGAUUCCCGCUCUUUUCUGUCACAGUUAUCUACGUAGUCCAACCACAUUUCUGGACAUUUAUUCACAACAAGUAUGAGUUUUGAUAUACUACAUUUUAAAAGGGGGAAACCUAUUUGAAUAUGCAAGCUGAACUUGACACAAAUAUGUUUGUAUAGUUUUUAGGGUAACUAACUAUUGGUUAGUAUGUGUAACAUAAUCUUUGCCUAAUACCAAAAUACUCAGUAAGUGUACUGAUACCACAGUUACUUUGACUAUAUUUUGGGUCAUAUUAAAAAAGGUAUGUACUGUGUUGAGGUAGAAGUUGAGGGAAUGCCAUGGAGACUGGACAAAAGGGCAUGACAGUCACAGAGAGCUGUCAAAUCACAGCACAGAACAGCUUUGCUGUCCUGGACCUGACAUCAGAAGAGAAUGUAAAAGACAGUGACCAUCGAAUGCACAGCCACUGUGGUCCUCUUGAUCUUGGAGUGGCUGAUCCUCUAUGUGGUGUGUAUCUUCACUUUUCUUCUUUUUGCACUUCCCUUUUUCUUCACAUCUUUUCCUUUAAAUAAACAUUGCAUGUUCAAGUUCAA